AUGGCCAAGGACGACAUUUCGUCGGCAGGGAUUGCCUUUGAGGAUGUGGAGCGCCAGGAUACUGUGUCGACAGCCAAGGCAACCAACAAUGCGAAAGCAGCUACUGAAGCAGAGCAUAAGAUGACCUUGCUACAAGGUAUCAGAACUUAUCCCAAGGCGAUCGCGUGGAGUGUUCUCAUUUCCACAUGUAUCGCAAUGGAAGGUUAUGAUAUCAGUCUGGUCAAUAAUUUCUAUGCGUUUCCACAAUUCACCCGCAAAUACGGCGAAUUGACGCCAGAUGGCUCCUAUCAAGUCCCAGCUGCAUGGCAAGCUGGCCUCAGCAACGGUGCCUCUUGUGGAGAAAUCAUUGGGCUCUUGAUCAACGGAUGGGCUUCGGAGAGAUUCGGGUACCGCUAUACAAUCAUGAUUUCCCUCGCCUUGAUCACCAUAUUCACGGCAAUCUUUUUCACGGCACCAAACAUUCAAACCCUCCUUGCAGCGGAAAUCCUUGCUGGAGUUCCAUGGGGCAUUUUCCAGACGCUCACGAUUACCUAUGCUUCUGAAGUUUGCCCUGUCGUCCUAAGAGGGUAUCUCACGUCAUACAUCAAUUUCUGCUGGGGACUAGGGCAACUUAUAGGCAUUGGGGUCAUCAAAGCAAUGUUAAAUCGUAAUGAUCAAUGGUCGUACCGAAUCCCAUAUGGAUUGCAGUGGAUGUGGCCAGUACCCCUCUUCGUUGCGAUUUAUCUCGCCCCGGAAUCACCGUGGUGGUUGGUCAGAAAGAAUAGGGAUGAAGACGCGAAGAAGGCACUCCUACGCCUCACAAAUGCCGACCGAGUGGAUUUCAAUGCGGACGAAACAAUUGCUAUGAUACGCCACACCACUAAUCUUGAAGAGAAGCUUUCAGAUGGAGCUACAUACUUUGAUUGCUUCAAAGGGACCAAUUUACGGCGAACGGAGAUUGUCUGUCUUGUGUGGGCGAUUCAGAACCUCAGCGGCAAUUCGUUUUCCAAUUACUCCACAUACUUCCUUGAACAGGCAGGAUUAUCAGCAUCCAAUUCCUAUUCAUUCGCGAUGGGACAAUAUGGAAUCAACAUGGUUGGAGUCUUUGGAGCAUGGCUCCUUAUGUCCUUCGGAAUUGGUCGAAGGACGCUAUUUUUCUAUGGCCUCUGCGGGCUAUGCACAAUCCUAAUUGUUAUGGGCUUCCUUGGCCUGGUUCCUAAUAGGGAUCAAGCAUCGCUCGCAACAGGUUCAAUGAUGCUUUGCUGGGCAUUGUUCUACCAGCUUUCUGUCGGGACUGUGGCUUAUUCCCUCGUGGCAGAAAUAUCUACUCGUCGACUGCAAAUCAAGACUGUGGUGCUGGGCCGCGUCCUAUACAAUGUUAUCGGUAUCAUCUGUGGUGUGCUAACUCCCUAUAUGUUAAAUCCUAGUUCCUGGGAUUGGGGUAAUUAUGCCGGGUUUUUCUGGGGAGGUGUUUGCUUUUGUUGUGUUGUAUACACGUUUUUCCGAGUUCCAGAAACAACCGGUCGCACUUUUGCUGAACUUGAUAUGCUGUUUGAAGAGAAUGUAUCGGCCAGGAAAUUUUCCAGCACCCAAGUUGAUGUAUUUGGAGGUCAGGUGGAAGUGGAAGUGUUCGAACACAAUGCAAAAGCAUAA